AUGGAAAACGUAACCCAAAAAUUGGCCUUCUUUCUACUUGGACUAUACUUGGACUAUACUUGGACUGUACUUGGACUACUUGGACUUGGACUGUACUUGGACUAUACUUGGACUGUACUUGGACUACACUUGGACUGUACUUGGACUAUACUUGGACUAUACUUGGACUAUACUUGGACUGUACUUGGACUGUACUUGGACUAUACUUGGACUGUACUUGGACUGUACUUGGACUGUACUUGGACUAUACUUGGACUGUAUAAAGCCUGCCUCUACUCUCUCACUCAGACUGUUGUUUUUCUUGUUUCAGUGUUCAAAGUGAAAGUGCUGAGUGCGACCGAGAGUUACUAUGACAAAUACGAGCUGCAGAUCACACAAGUCAUCAAACUGGGAGCUGAGGCGGGGAUUCUGGCCGGACAGAGCCGGACCUUCCUGUCUCAUGGAGCCUGCAGAGACAGACUCAAGCUGGUCCCAAACCAGGAGUACCUCAUCAUGGGCCCCAAAGACGACCAGUGGAACAUCGACAGCGCCACCAACACGUACGUGUAUCUGCUGGGUAAGAACACGUGGGUGGAGCGAUGGCCGUCUGAGGAGGAGUGCAGCGCCUCCCUCAGGCAGAAGUGUGAGAGUCUGAACGCUAUGGCCAACGAGCUGUCCACGAACGGAUGCCGACUGUAACUACGCAGUGUCCCUGAACGCACCACCACUGGAGCUGUCCAAUCACUCUGUGUUAUUAUUAUUAUUAUUACACAAAAUCCACAACAUUUUGGAGCUGUCUAUCAUGUUAAAAAAGUUGUGCCCUCAUCAAAAACCUGUCUGAAAAGGUUUUACAUCAUCAUCCAUGCUUGUUUGACUAAUAUUGUGAUCUCUCCUGAGCCUUAUUUGUACAGUGGUUAACCGUACAAACCUGUACAAGUAGAGUGAUCAGAAUUUCACAAUUGUAAACAGGGACACACCCGAGUCGGGAUGUUUGGUAUAAAUAAAACUGUGAAAAGAGCAGGUAACAUUGUGCAUUCUCCUGUUAGU